AUGCAAGCCCAGCUUUCUCACUUACCUUCUGAGAUUAUCCACUAUAUCAUCGAGGACCUAGAUUUCAAGGUUCUUUGUUGUCUUCGCUUGACGAACAGGAGGCUUGAUGGAUUUGCUCGUGGUUAUCUACUCAAAAUUGCAAAGGAAAUUGCUUUUCCAAAACAGGAAUACUACGAUAUGGCAAACGUCAGACUCAUACCAGACAAUACUGUAAGCCAUGAAUACGAUGGGUUCGUAGAUAUACCUCACCGCUUACACGAAGGUCACGACAGGGACCUGGAGGUUUUUGCGGAUUUAGUCAACGGGGGCGCUUAUCAUUCAGUUAAGCUGUUUCUGGAUGCGGGUGUCUUUGCUAAUGCGUUUGACCUAUGCGGUCGCACGAUGCUGCACCUUUGUGUUCGCAAUGGCGAUGUGGAGCUCGCAAACCUGCUACUAGAUAGAGGCGCGGAUCCCAAUUGCACCAUGCGUUAUGGGUUCAGUCCAAUGCACUUUCUUCGUUUUGCUCCCCCCAAGUCUCAGGAAGCACUUGCAUGGUUACUUCUUGACAAAGGGUAUAAAGUUCCGGAUAAUGUCGGGUGGCUUUUUCGGAGCAUUUGCCAGGCGAGUUGUGCUCUGAAUCUUAUCCGGUACAUGGUUGAGGAGGAUUUGAUAGACAUCAACAAAUGCAUGGACCUGAAGGGAAAGCGUUGCACGGCUCUUCAUAUUGCUGCAGAGUUUGCAAACAGUACUGACAUUCUAGAAUAUCUUCUGAGUGUCAAACCAAGUCUUUUGAACAUGUACGGGACCAGUUUGCAACGCACGGCCUACGGUUACGAAUGCGUUGAGUCACGUCCCAGUAAUGCAGUUUACCUUCUCAACAAAGGCAUUAAUUUUCUGCCUGAAGAUGUCGAGCCUACAGUUGCUGCUAUAAUUAGGCUUGAGAGUGCUGUGAGCCUUAACCGCCUGGAUGUUAUCCGAGCGUUGUUAGCCCGCGGUGAACUCUGGGGUUGGGGUGAUGAAACCUGGGAGCAUGACGUGGCCCUCCAACUCGAACCGCUUGAGUCUGCUAUCGAAUAUCAAUAUUUGACAGCCAUGGAGCUCUUGCUCGAGAAUCGCCAGUUUCCAUAUGACCAGGUUCUCAUUGACAAGUGUGAAAAGCUGGCCUCCGCAUGGGGAUGCCUAGAAGGAUCGCGUUUACUUCAAGCGAAGCAAAUCUUACAAAAGUUGAAGCAAGCUAUGGGUGUUCAGUAG